GUCCUCCUCUUCCGCGUGCGCCCCGAGGAGCCCCCGCUGCUCUCCUUGGCUCCUGCUGCCUUUUAAAGCAAACUGACACAUCAUGCCAUUCCCCACUCGGCCAGAGGACGGGACACGGUGAGGAGCUGCUGUGUCGCUCAUUAUACCCCCUUUCUCCUGUCGUCACCCCCAUUGUCCUUGCUGUUUAGUUGCCUUUUUAUUAAUUCGUUUAAACGGUUAGCUAGUCGCAGUCAUGUAUCGGUAUUUCGGGGAGCUGAUAAGCCGCUCUGCGGGCAGUGCCCUGGCCUCGGGGUGCGUGGACUCCGCUCUCCCAGUGUCCUCGUCCCUGAUGCGGGUCCGUCACUAUGCCGAUGCAGCGGACAAGCCUGACGACCCCAACUUCUUCAGGAUGGUCGAGGGCUUCUUUGACCGCGGCGCCUCCAUAGUCGAGGACAAGCUGGUGGAGGAUCUGAGGACCAGGGAGAGCCCCGAGCAGAAGAGGAACCGUGUGCGGGGCAUCCUGCGCAUCAUCAAGCCUUGUAAUCACGUCCUGAGCGUGUCUUUCCCCAUCAAGAGGGAUAACGGAGAGUGGGAGGUGGUGGAGGGGUACCGGGCCCAGCACAGCCAGCACAGGACACCCUGCAAAGGGGGUAUCCGUUACAGUACAGAUGUGUCUGUGGAUGAGGUCAAAGCCCUGGCCUCUCUGAUGACCUACAAGUGCGCUGUUGUCGAUGUGCCAUUUGGAGGAGCCAAAGCUGGAGUCAAGAUCAACCCUAAGAAUUACUCUGAUAAUGAGCUGGAGAAGAUUACCAGGAGAUUCACUAUUGAGCUGGCCAAGAAGGGUUUUAUUGGACCUGGCAUUGAUGUCCCGGCCCCAGACAUGAGCACAGGAGAGAGGGAAAUGUCCUGGAUCGCCGACACAUAUGCCAACACCAUUGCACACACUGACAUCAACGCCCAUGCGUGUGUGACAGGAAAGCCCAUCAGCCAGGGAGGAAUCCACGGACGUAUCUCUGCCACUGGUCGUGGAGUUUUCCACGGCAUCGAGAACUUCAUUAACGAGGCGUCCUACAUGAGCAUGCUGGGCCUCACACCAGGCUUCCAGGACAAGACCUUCGUCAUCCAGGGCUUUGGUAAUGUGGGUCUCCACUCCAUGAGGUACCUGCACAGGUUUGGGGCCAAGUGUGUCGGCAUCGGUGAGAUUGAUGGAGCCAUCUACAACCCAGAGGGCAUCGACCCCAAACAGCUGGAGGACUACAAACUGCAACAUGGCACCAUUGUGGGCUUCCCAGGAGCCAAACCCUACGAAGGGAACAUUUUGGAAGCCAACUGCCACAUCCUGAUCCCUGCUGCUGGAGAAAAGCAGCUCACACGUCUCAAUGCCCCCAGGAUCAAAGCCAAGAUCAUUGCUGAGGGUGCCAAUGGUCCCACCACCCCAGACGCUGACAAAGUCUUCCUGGAGAACAACGUCAUGGUUAUUCCUGACAUGUACCUGAAUGCUGGCGGUGUGACUGUGUCUUAUUUUGAGUGGCUGAAGAAUCUCAACCACGUCAGCUAUGGAAGACUGACCUUCAAAUAUGAGAGAGACUCAAACUACCACUUGCUCAUGUCAGUGCAGGAAAGUCUAGAGAGGAAGUUUGGCAAGCAGGGAGGACCCAUCCCUGUCGUACCUACUGCUGACUUCCAGGCCAGAGUUGCUGGUGCCUCUGAGAAGGAUAUUGUUCACUCUGGGUUGGCCUACACCAUGGAGAGAUCUGCCCGGCAAAUCAUGCGCACAGCAAGCAAGUACAACCUGGGUCUGGACCUUCGGACAGCCGCCUACGUCAACGCCAUCGAGAAGGUCUUCAAAGUCUACAAUGAGGCGGGGCUUACCUUCACAUAAAUGGCCAAUCACACCCACACUUCCUCUCCCUCUCCUCACCCUCCUGCUAUUGAUCACCCUCUCCUGCCUUCUUCCACUUUCUAAUCAGCCUUCAGAACAUAUCACUGUUUACCGCUGCUCUUUGGCUCUUUUACACACACACACAUACACACACACCUACAGCGAGACAUUGGCUAGCCUGGUAUAUAUCCUGUGAUCUCUGUGCUGCCAUUAUACCGUAUCUGCAUCUCUGUUUAAAUAUUGCCCUGUUCUUAUUUUUGCCUGAAGUUAUAUUGAGAAAAUAGAGAGCAACAUCCUGACAGAAUGAAAGACCCUGUCCCUCCUGCAGGCCUCAUAUAUUGUUGUAUGGCAGCCAUGUUCAAAGCGUCCUUUUUGUGAUCGCUGAAUGCACGUGUGACCCUUCUGUUGCGAUUAUUUCAGUUGACAGCACUACAGAUGCCUUAUUCCAGAAAGAGGUCUUCUCUAAAUGGGUGAUGGCCACUUCAGUUUAACUUUAAUUGAAAGGAAUUAAGAUUUAACUCAAUGUGAAUAAAAGAAUAGUAAUUUUAUUACUCUUGAGUUUGUCCUCUCAGUCUUCAGGCGUGAAUGUUAGUAGUGAAGUUGCCAAGGUUUAGGAUUCCCAACAAGGAUUUUUUUUUUCAAAGUUUGUGUUUUUAUUGUUCGAGAUUCGAUAGAUGCUCUCCCACUCCUCGUCCCCUCCUUUUUUCCUCCUUUCCUGCUGUUUUAUCUCAUAUAUUAAAAGCAGCUUCUCCCCGACUCCUCCGCUGGCCAUGAAAGGGGAGCAGAGAGGGGGCUAGGUGUCACUGUGACCGCCCAUCCCCUGGCUGAAUUUUCCUCAGUUUUAAUCGUCCAGUUCCUUGACAUUGAAAUUAUUUGGGGAAAUUACUUUUUAUUUUUACUUUAUUCAUUUUUUGGAAACCAAUAAAAUGUUCAGAAAAAGAUA